UUGAAAAUUAGUCUCUCUUUGACCAAAAACUUCAGAUUUUUUUUUUCUACUUAGAAGUGUUGGGUAGAUUUAGUCGUUAGAUAAAGGACUAUUUCUACCCUUUCCACAUAAAUUACAAUUACAUCUGGAGGAAAAGUAUCUCUAGUUUUUCUACUAUCUUGAACAAAAUUCUUUUCAUAGAAGAAAUACUUCUAAUGUACCUUUAGGGAUAUUACAAUGUUUUGAUGGCACUAAAAGUUUUUUUUAUGGCUGCAUGUUAAAGUAUUAGGAAGCAAUAAUGUUUAGUGUGUAUUCAAAGCCAUUCCAUCCUAUUUUAGAAUUUAAUUAAAGAAAUAGCUGGUUCUGAAAAUUGUCUCCCUCUGGACUAUUGACUAGGACUUUAAUUCCUAUGAAACUUCCACAAAGUAAGAUUUGUCAUGGGGUAGGAAGUCUGUGUUUUUGUUUUCCAGUGCUUGUAGAAGAAGAUUUAAGAACUGGGCUAGGAAUAGUCAACUUCAGAAAACAAAUUUUCACUACCACAUCAGUUAUAAUUAUUUAUGUAUAUGGUUGAGUAUGAUGUAGUGUUUACCAACUCGAAACUUAGUUGUAAAGCUUGAAGGGUUUCCCCAGGUUUUCAAUCACUAGAAUUUUAAGUUGGUUUACAGGUAAGCAAAACAUGUAUGUAUUGUGCUGUGCAUGUAUGUAUUGUGCUGUGGAUUAAGCUUUCAGGAUUCAAAGCAGUUUGUAUAAAUAACUCUGGCAUCUCCAAAUAGCCUGUGAGAUUUUUUUUAUCCAACAUUAGGUCUCAUGUUUUUAUUAGGGAAAUUUUUCAUAUCUGAUAACCUUGCUGGUUUGUAUGGCUUUAAAAUAGAACUGCUUUUCCUGAAAAAAAGCACAAAUGACCAGUUUUUUAAAAAGAUACUUGUGGAAGUUGUCACUUGGGAUGCUGAACUGGAAAACAAUAUGUCAUGUGUGAAAGAGUAAAAGAUUAAAUAACCGGAGACACUACUUAAGGUAUAAUUGCUAAGCCUUUUGCAAAGGGCCAGUCCUCCUUAAGGUACAGGAGGAUGAGAUGGUGGAGGCAGCACUGCUGUAUCAGUAGCAGUGGCCAGUUCUUACUGCUGUCAAAGGAUGAGCAUUCUGCUGUCCUGGUGAAUGUUUUUUUGUAUAAUGUCAAGUAGCAUACUGCUGUUUUCCAUAUUGUGUGGGGUAUUCGUAUGGAUUUGCCAUAUUUAGAAUACUGGUUGUCACAGUGUUUUGCUCUUUACAAGCUUUUUGGGUAGGUUGCUUUUGGUACUGAGACAGUGCUGUUGCUGUCACAUGUUGCUGCUUAUUCUGAAUUUUGAACACAGACCCUAUUCCUGCAAGUGUAAAUUUACUUAGGUAAAUAGUUCCUGCAAAUAAUUUACUGCUAUGUUUAAAAAUGUGAACCAUAAGUAGUAUUUUGGAAUUAAGAUAGCCUACAGAAUGAAGAGUACGGAAGUCUUUUUAUAUGGUUUUGUUUAAACAGACUCACAAGUACCUUGAAAAAGAAUGUUUUUGACCUAUGAACAGCUUCUGAGACUUUAGGGUAUGUGAAAUGAGAUACUAUGAAAGGUCACUUUGCUUCUGGUUUAAUCUGCACUGGACUGGGGGAACCCCCUCACAGUAAAGAAUUUCUUCCUAACAUCUAACUUAAACUUUCCAUCUUACAGUUUAAAGUUAUUGUUUCUUGUCCUAUCACUACAUGCCCUUGUAAAAAAUCCCUUUCCAGCUUUUUUGGAGGCCACCUCUAGGUACUGGAAAGCUACUCUAAAGUCUCCCCAGAGCCUUUUCAUCUUCAGGCUGAACAGUCCCAAUUCAUGUAGCUUGUCUUCAUAGGAGAGUUGUUCCAUCACCCCAGUCAUUUUUAUUGCCCUGCUCUGGACUUGCUUCAGGAAGUCCACAUCCUAGUUAUGUUGAGAGCCCCAGAACUUACAUCAGUAAAAUUUCCUCUGAAUCCUGUUACAAUGUCUGACCAGAAUUAUUACUGCCUUGAAGAGGCUGAGCAUCUUGGUGUUCGUCUAAUACAGCACUAUUACAGUGAGUGCAACUUUCUGAUUUGGAACUUCACAUCUCUGGAAAAAUUUCCCAGGAAGACGCUGCCUGUUUCUGCUGUGUAGGAUUUCAAGAUACUUUACACUUGAAGGGUACUUGGAGAAACCUAGGACACCUGUUAACUUGAGUCAAGCUGGAAUUCUGGUGAAAAGCUAAGCAUUUGCUUCCUGGCUGCCGGGAAAAGAUUCUGCUUUCAGGUUAUCAGAGAUGGCAAUUUGAAGAAUCAUCUUUCGAUAUGAACAAAGUAAAAACAUCAUCUGAAAAAAGUGUUUCUGCCAAUUCUCGGACUAUGUCCCUGCUGUCACAGUUGGAGAAGAUCAAUUUGGACUCUGUAUUAGGACAAUCAGACAAUGCCAGAUAUGUUACCUCUAAGAUCCUUCAUCUGGUUCAGAGUCAAGAAAAAACCAGGAAGGAGAUGACUUCUAAGGGCUCCACUGGAAUAGAAAUUAUCCUGGCAACCCUAGAGAAUACAAAAGAUCCUCAAACUAUUCUAAAUAUAUUGAAUAUUCUCAUUGAGGUAAUCUCAGUUGGUGGCGGUCGGAGAGCAAGUGUCUUGGUUACCAAAGGAGGGACACAGAUCUUACUACAGCUGCUUUUGACUGCCAGCAAAGACUCUCCACCAAAUGAAGAAUUAAUGGUGCUUCUUCAUACUCUUCUUGCAAAAAUUGGUCCAAAAGACAAAAAGAUUGGCAUGAAAGCAAGAAUAAAUGGUGUCCUAAACAUACCAUUGAAUUUAGUGAAGCAAAAUUUGCAGAACCACAGGCUAAUAUUGCCAUGUCUUCAAGUAUUAAGAGUUUACUCAACCAACUCUGUAAAUGCAGUAUCUUUGGGAAAGAAUGGAGUAGUAGAACUGAUGUUUAAGAUCGUUGGCCCUUUUAGUAAAAAGAACACUAGCCUUAUGAAGGUUGCUUUAGACACACUUGCUGCAUUGCUGAAAUCAAAAACAAAUGCCAGGAGAGCAGUAGACAGAGGAUAUGUGCAGGUGCUUUUAACGAUUUAUGUUGAUUGGCACCGUCAUGAUAGUCGUCACAGAUACAUGCUGAUACGUAAAGGAGUCUUGCAGUGCAUUAAAAGUGUUACAAACAUCAAACUGGGAAGAAAAGCAUUCAUUGAUGCCAAUGGGAUGAAAAUUCUUUACAACACUUCACAAGAGUGCCUUGCAGUAAGAACUCUUGAUCCUCUCGUCAACACAUCUAGCCUAAUAAUGAGAAAAUGUUUUCCUAAAAAUCGUCUUCCUUUACCGACUAUUAAAAGUGCUUUCCAUUUCCAACUCCCAGUUAUUCCUGCCAGCGGUCCUGUGGCUCAGCUGUACAGUUUGCCUCCUGAUGUGGAUGAUGUAGUAGAUGAAAGUGAUGAUAACGAUGAUGCUGAAACAGAAUCAGAAAUUGAAACUGAAAAUGAUGAUGACAAAGACCAACAUUUUAAGAAUGAUGAUAUUGAGACUGAUAUUAAUAAACUGAAACCUAGACAGGAAUUGGGAAGACCCAUAGAAGAAUUGAAAAUGUAUGAACAGUUUUUCCCAGAACUUUCAGAAAACUUUCAGGAAUGGGACUUAGUUUCCAAGGAACCAAAACCUUUUGUACUUGAUGCAAAUCUGAGUGGACCUAUUGUUGUUCCUACAGCCAGCGAGGAGCACUCUGCUGAAGCAAACCAGUCAACGAAAGGGGUUGCUUUGAAGGAAAGCAAUCCUUUAUUGACAGAGGAAUAUAAUAGAAGGCCAGUCUUUCUGGAACUACCAAAGAAAGAUGGUAUGAAAGACAGUAGUUCACAUCAGAAAAAUGAUCAAAGAAACAUGCUUCCAUCAUGCCAGUGUCUAAGCCAAGAAAUUGUAAAAGGCUUGGACAGAAUCAGUCUGCAGAACAGUGCAAAAAAUGAUCAGUAUUAUGGUCCAGGGUGUGUAGUAAAGAAGGAAAGCAAAGAUAGCCUUACCACACUUGUUUGUAGUAAACCUUGUGAACAUGUUUCACCCUGUGGAAGUAGCCUAUUUGAAGGAUCAUCUGUCCAGCUGGGAAAACUCUGCUGCACUGGAGUGGAUUCAGAGGAGGAGGAGGAUUCCAGAUCUAGUUCAUCAGGGGAACAAGUCAAGCUUGAGGUUUCCGAUGUAUCAUCAGUUCAUGACUGUGAUCUUUAUAUUGAAAUGGUAAAAACCACAAAAUCUAUUCCAGAAUAUUCAGAAGUGGCCUAUCCAGAUUAUUUUGGCCAUAUUCCACCCCCUUUUAAGGAACCUAUUCUGGAAAGGCCAUAUGGGGUGCAGAGGACAAAAAUAUCUCAAGAUAUUGAAAGGCUAAUUUAUCAAAAUGACAUUAUAGACAGAGUUGUGUAUGACCUUGAUAAUUUGAGUUAUUCCGUACCAGAGGAGGCAGAUGUUUUGAAGUUUAAUUCCAAAUUUGAAUCUGGAAACCUGCGCAAAGUUAUUCAGAUCAGAAAAAAUGAGUAUGAUCUAAUUCUGAACUCGGAUAUAAAUAGCAAUCAUUAUCAUCAGUGGUUUUACUUUGAAGUCAGUGGAAUGAAAACUGGCAUUGGUUACCGAUUUAACAUCAUCAACUGUGAAAAGUCAAACAGUCAGUUUAACUACGGUAUGCAGCCCCUCAUGUAUUCUGUUCAAGAAGCACUAAAUUCUCAACCAUGUUGGACUCGUGUUGGGACAGAUAUUUGUUACUAUAAGAAUCACUUUUCAAGAAGUUCAAUUGCUGCUGGAGGUCAGAAAGGAAAAUCCUAUUACACAAUUACGUUCACAGUGACUUUCCAACAUAAAGACGAUGUGUGCUACUUUGCUUACCAUUACCCAUAUACGUACUCAACUUUAAAGAUGCAUCUUCAGAAGCUGGAAUCUAUGCACAACCCUCAACAGAUAUAUUUUAGGCAAGAUGUUCUCUGUGAGACCCUGGCUGGCAACAGUUGUCCAUUAAUCACUAUUACAGCCAUGCCAGAAUCCAGUUACUAUGAACAUGUCUGUCAGUUCAGGAAUCGUCCUUAUGUUUUCCUGUCUGCGCGUGUACAUCCUGGAGAGACUAAUGCAAGCUGGGUUAUGAAGGGAACACUGGAAUACCUUAUGAGUAAUAGUCCAAAUGCCCAAUGUUUACGGGAAUCUUAUAUUUUCAAAAUUAUUCCCAUGCUCAAUCCAGAUGGUGUCAUCAAUGGAAACCACCGUUGCUCUUUAAGUGGAGAAGAUUUAAACAGACAGUGGCAAAAUCCAAAUCCAGAUCUGCAUCCCACUAUUUACCAUGCUAAAGGGUUACUGCAAUAUCUGGCUGCUAUAAAACGUUUACCUUUGGUCUACUGCGAUUAUCAUGGUCAUUCUCGUAAAAAGAAUGUAUUUAUGUAUGGCUGCAGCAUCAAAGAGACAAUGUGGCAUACAAGUGUUAAUGCUGCCUCUUGUGACCUGAUGGAAGACCCCGGUUACAGGGCACUCCCCAAGAUCCUGAGUCAGAUUGCCCCAGCAUUCUGCAUGGGCAGCUGCAGCUUUGUAGUGGAAAAGUCCAAGGAAUCUACAGCACGGGUUGUUGUCUGGAGAGAGAUAGGAGUACAAAGGAGCUACACAAUGGAAAGCACGUUAUGUGGAUGUGACCAGGGCAAAUAUAAGGGAUUGCAGAUAGGGACAAGAGAACUGGAAGAGAUGGGAGCAAAAUUCUGUGUUGGCUUACUGCGUUUAAAAAGAAUGGCCUCAUCCUUGGAAUACAAUUUGCCUUCUAGUCUGUUGGAUAUUGAAAAUGAGCUGAUUGAGUCAAGCUGUAAAGUGACAAGCCCCACUACGUACAUUUUGGAUGAAGAUGAGCCUCGCUUCCUUGAAGAAGUUGAUUACAGCGCAGAGAGCAAUGACGAUCAAGAUGUUGAAUUAGCUGAUAAUGUGGGUGAUUAUGAGGCAACUAAUCAAGAUGAUGGACUUUCAGACUCAGAUUCAACAAGGAUACUCCUUUCUUGAACCAGCUUUGCCUCCAGUAAUAGGAAAUAAAGUAUCCUGGAUUUCCAUACUCACACACUUCCUUGAUGUUUUCUACAAAGGGGAUAAAGCUUCAGUUUAUGCAAAUAACUGAGGCCUGCCUAGCUCAAGGAUAAUAAAUAUUUCUGACAAAUUUCCAUUUGAUUUAUUUAAGGAAUUCUGUGUUUUCUUUUAGCACUGAAUAGAUAAAUUUAUUUACUAGUUCAUUUUUUACUAAAUAGUACUGCAUGGCAUUUUGUGUCCUUAAACCCUAUCUUAAGAAAAAUGGAUUAUAAUUUAUGGUGUGUCAGAGUACAGAAGGUAAUUUUUUGUGGUAUGGUUCUUUGAGUUGCUUCCUAAAAAAUACAUAUGUACAGAUUUUAUAAAUUAAUUUGUGUAUGUGUGUGUAUAUGGGCGUGUGUAUACUGAGGUGAAGAGGUUAUUUUUCAACAUUAUUUCAAAGAUACUUGAUUGUGUUUGAAGCAAUGUAAUGCCUGCUCUGAAACCAUUCAAUAAUUACUAAAUUAAAAAUGAGAACUUGAUGUAUGAAUUUUCA